UGAAAAGAAUGGAUUAAAACACGGAGGAGGAGCUAACGUGGUCAGUCUUCAAUCCGGAAAUCCGGCGCACACCGUCCCCACAGAGCCGGCUGAUACGCGGAACACUACCGGAAAGAAGUCGAAAAGAUCAAAGAGACAGCGAAUAUGCGAGAUAAAACAAGCUGAUCUGCCCGGAGAGCCGCUGUUUACAAAGGAGCCGGAAGAGAAGGACAUCAUCAACAUGCUGAAAGCUUUCGGUGUGGACGUGAAUGAUUCCACAAUACAGUCCGUCCUUGGGCGCGACCAAAGUCCCACCUUCCCCCGCCGUUAAUCCCGCCGCGUGCACGGUACUCGUGAUCGACUCCUCGCUGAGUAUGAAGGGAGAACCAUUCAAGGAGCUUAUCAAGUUCGUAGACGCCUUUAUCGACGAGGUGGACAAGGCUAACUGGAACCAUGGCCUGGAAGAGCGACUGGCGGUGAUCAUGUGCGGCUCCCCCACCACGGUCCUGCAUCCGUUCACCACGCAGUACGACGACAUUAGGGGCAUAUUAGAUCAAUGCCGUCCAGAAGGCAAGACACCCCUGUUGACUGCGUUGACUCUCGCCCUCUGCUACGUCGAUGGGAAAAGUGAAGCGAUUCUGGUCGGGGAGAAUACCCUAAUAGCCCCUCGUGUGAUCGUCCUGUCUGACUUCAACCCUACCAGUGAUAAGGAACCGUUCGAUAACGAGGACGAAGAAGCAGGCAAAGCAAAUAAAAAGAUACAGAAACACUUGAUACAGUUGGCAAAGAUUUACUGCCAACAGAUGUUGAGCCUGUACUGCGUCCCGGUGGGUCAGAACAAGAAUAAAAAAUUCGCACGCGAGUUGGCAGAACAUUCAUUUGGCGGUGAAUUGAUUUCAGCAGAGGACUUUCAGAGAGCGGGAAAUCAUAUCCGCUACCAUGUGAUUGCCGCUCGUGCGUGUGACGAUGUCGAGGCCGCCAUGGCCAGAAACGAGGACAUUGAUGCAGAAGAAAUCGUAAAAGAGGUUAUGUCUGAGGCGAAAUGCGACGGAAAAGACAAGGAUGCUAUUGUCAAAGUAAUUGCAAAACUUCAAAGCGGACGUAAACCCGGAGCUGCUUCAGAUGAAGAGGAACCGGAAAAAGAUUCCAGAACAAACGAGAGUACGAAUUUCAAGAAAAACAAAGUCCAUGUUGUGGCCAAUGUGGCCGACUCGGGUUUUCCCGGAAGGGACCAAAUGCCUUUUGGAGGAGGCGCAACGGAGCCCACUCCGGGAGCAACUUCUGGACAGAGAAAUGCUGACAAGAUGCCGUGGUGGAAGUGGCAGGAUUCACAGCAGUUUUGGCGCCCCUUCUCCGAGGAAGCCGUAAAGCAGAUUGAGGAGGCGAAGAAUACGAAGAAAGAGUUUGCCCAAGUGCAAUACAAGGGCAAAAACUUCAUGGUAUUGUUUAAUGAGAACAAGUGCGAAUUCGAGGGUAAAAGGUUCGACGUAGCUCGAGAACUUGUCAAUGACGACGAUAAGAUGUCGAUGAUCGAAAUGGACAAAUACAUGUCGGCCAUAUAACACUUCUAUGAUGAAUGAAGCGUGCACCUUCGGACUUGAAGCCCACAUUGAACCAUCUUUGUUGACUAUGCAUUUGACUUUGUGGGACAGUUGAGAUUUUAGAACUGUUAUACGACAUGUUCCGUUAUUUCUUCGCAUAUUUUAUGUUGCCAUACUGUUAUGCAUCCAAAAUCAGAGAUUAAGGGGAAGAAAACUUAAUUGAUUGAUUGAUUGAUUUUUAUUCAGGUUUUAAAACACAUAAUAUACAAGUUAUCUUUCAAAAUUACAUAACAAUUUUAACUAAAGGCAUUUGUGAGAUUGCUGCGGAUAAAAACCUAUGGUAUAAAAACUGCCAUAAAAUAAUAUAUGAUAUGAUUUGACAAAGAAAAUGAACACAAAAGUGAAACAAUAAAAAUAGUCUUAAGGAAGCGUAUCACCUCAAAUUAGAUUUGAAGGGAACAGAUCAGCAACUGCCUCACACUUAAAAUAUGAUUUAAUGUGACUAUACUGGAAUAUAAUAUAUUGCUUGAUUAUCACAGUUAAACAUGUCACAUAUAUUUGUUAUCACAGAUUUUCAGCACAGACUAGUAAUUUGAUAUAUUAUAGAAACAAAUUCACAACUUUAGGGAAAACUUAGUAUGUAAAAAGAAAUAACUUGGAUAAUAUAGUGUAAAACCUAGGAUUGCCCAUGAAAGCUCGAAAGCUUAUUUCCAAUGGGGUCCAGUUUAGGUUAUACUUACUAUGAUAUAAUCCUGUGAGAAAGUUACACAAUAUGAACAAUAAGUCCCUGAUAAUGCCCUUAAUUGUAAUGGAAUAAGCAAUCUCACGCAUUCCAUGUCUAUAAUUCACCCGAAACUAUAUUCAACCCAAGUAAAUACCAAAAGACAACUAUAUAGAAACUAUAAAUGCUAGGUGCUUGUUGAGUCGCGGAUUCUGUUGGAGUCGUGAGUAUAGAGAUCGCCAGAAACCCCUCGAGAGAACAUUCGCAUAUGAUGAAGAUUGGUCGGAAAAAUGUUUUGACACAGACACCAUCAUUUUGCUGAUCAAAAAUGCAACAAAAACAGGUAAAUAUUAUAAAUCAUAAUUCGAUAUGUUAUUAUAAACUACUUUCUCCUGUAUGUAUUGAAAAUGUGUUUUAUGCAACCUAAAUGAUAUCGAAGAUAAAUAUCACUUUGUUAUUAAAUGUCCUUACUAUGCUGAUGUUAGGAAUUCAUUAAUUCCAAAAUAUUAUAGAUCUCGCUCAAAUAUGUUCAAGUUUAUCGAACUACUUAAUAGUUCAAAUAAAAUAGUGCUAAGAAAACUAGCCAUGUUUUGUUUAAAAUGCUUUAAAAUGCGAGAAAAUGUCUUAUAUGUAGGAUAAAUUAUAAAUUUUUCACAAAGACAAUAUGCUUAUAAUUAUGUGUGUACGUGUUGCAAUUACUAAACUACAUUUUUACAUUAUGUAAUCACUAUGUAUUAACCUCAUCCAUGUGACAUCCUCACUAAAACAUGUUGUAUUUCAUUCCUUUAAAUUGAUAUUUCUUCGAAAUGAUGUAUGUUUUUUAUUAAAUGUAACGCAUGCUGUUAUUGCUUAUGUAUGUUUGUGACGAUGAGCUGUAAAUGCUUAAGUCGAAAUAAACUAUUCUGAUCUGUU